AUGCCUACACGUGCAAUCGAAGCCAUAUUUUACACGCGCUUUCACCAUGAAAAGGGAAACCGCGUUAUGCACCAGGUCCCCGCGGGCGCCAUUAUACCCUCUACCCUCCCAUCUGCGAUGACUACACCAUUGUUCACAUUCUCCUCUGUGACACAAUUCCUCAUACCCACACAGCAGUUCUGCGACCGCCUACUCACCUUCUGCGUCAACCAUCACCGCGUCAUUGGAUAUCCAGUGUGUAUUCGCGAGGGCAAAUACAGCAGGAAUGAAUUCAUUUUCAACUUCGCCAUUGUGAUUGGUGAGAAUGAACGCGACUGGGCGUGCUAUGGCGAGGUGGUGAGAAAAUUGGGACGUCUACUGAGGGGAUUGGAAGAGCAGGGUGGAUUCCUGAGCAAGGAAGAAGUCGGGGUUUGGGACGACGAGGGGGGGUAUACGAAUGCUAUACCAGACGAUAGUGCUGGCGAAUUUGGAGUAGGCGGGGGAAGCAAGGUGUAUGCCCUCUGUGAGAUGGUGCUGGAGGAUCUGAAUAAUUACGCAGAGUGUAUGAUACCUAUCGACGACUCGAAUACCAUCAACUUGAAGUUGUUUCCCACACGGCCGCCUCCUCCACCUAUACUCGCCCAUCAAGUACCCUUGCUCACCAUCUCCCUCUCAAGCCUCCAGCAACCAGUAUCUCCGGACCUCACUCUCAAUCGAAUACUCCCUUAUAUCAAUGGUGUCAACUCAAUAGCCCAUAUUGCGCAGCUCGCGGACACUGAUCUCUCGUUGACGCGGCGUGCCAUACAGCAUCUCGUAUACUACGGCUGUCUGGUGCUCUUGGAUAUCUUCAGCUUCGGUGCAAUCUACGCCCCAACGGCUGAAAUUGGCGGAUUCAUUGUAGAUGCAGAAGUCAAAGAAGAAUGUAUGCGCUACGUGAGUGUACCGAGGAUGCAUCUUGGCUCCACUGCGAGGACCACACGCCUAGACAGCGACUUUACAGAAAGAAGUGGCGAUGGCCGGGGAUCAAUAUCAUCCAUGGCGUCUUCCGUAUCACAACAAAGCGACACAGUAGGCUCAACACUCAAAGUCUCCGAAUUUGACAGCCACAUCGCCGCACAGAAGAAAGAAGAGGCCGAAGAAGAAAACACAUGGAAGACAAGUCACGAGACAUUAAUAACGCUCUACACAUCCCUCCGCCAAGGCCUAACCCUAAAGAACUGGGUCUUAGAGAACCUCGACCUACUCACCGGCAUCGACGUCCGCCGCUUCAUCACCUUCGGCAUCAUAAAAGGCUUCCUCUACCGCGUCCACAAAUACGCCAUAGCAACGUCCACCGCCCUCCCCCCAGCCCCACCCACAAGCCUCCAAACAAGCACCGCUACAUCGCCCGCUCACCCCCGCGACUCAGACACGGCUACCAUCCGCGGUAACAACGAGCGUGUCCAUCACGCCUCCCAACCAAACUUCCAACAGCCCAGUCUCCACACUCCUAAUCCAUCGUUUUCUCUUCAUAGGCCAAGUGUUACUUCCAAUCCGACGGGGACUCCUUACCACGCUCAACAAUCUAACCCGCAGCACCUCAACCCGAAUAAAGGGGACGAACCACAGACGCUGGAUAGUCUGAUGAACGACCGUGAUAAGAAUGGGUUGCCGCUGCUGAGGUUCCUGGAUGGUAUGCAUUGUUUCGAUGAGAUUUGUACUGAGUUGGCGAUGCCGGAGCGGGUUGUUGAGGGCAAAGUUAGAGGCAUGGGGGAGGGGGCUGGGGUGGUUGUGCAUAGAUGA